AGUGUCAAGCUGCCGCCAUUAACGAAACAUCGGAGAGAGAGAAAAUGAACAUCGUUGGAUUGAGCAAACGUUUCUUCUCCGAUCGUCGUUCCCUUCACGGAAUCAACAAUGCUCUCGUCGGAACUAUCUUCUCCGGUCGGAAACCAAUUCUUGGAUUCUCCGGCCGAUCGUUUCACGAGCUGCGCAAGGCUGGGAGUUUCGUAGUCCCUCGCGUUUUCUCCGUUUCGCGAAAUCUAUCGACGAACGCUUCGUCUCCUUCCAAACAGCCUGCGUUUCUGCGAUGGUAUUUGAGAAAGCUCGAAUCACACCCUUUCGUGACUAAGAGCGUCACUACUUCCCUUAUUUAUAUGGCUGCGGAUCUCACUUCUCAGAUGAUCACAAUGCCGCCUGCUGGUUCAUUUGACCUGAUAAGAACAGCUAGAAUGGCUAGCUUUGGGUUGAUAUUUCUCGGGCCGUCACAGCAUCUGUGGUUCAGUUAUCUUUCUAAAAUAUUGCCAAAGCGCGACGUGUUGACUACCUUUAAGAAAAUUAUGAUGGGGCAGGUUCUUUUCGGACCUUGUAGCAACACGGUCUUCUAUUCUUAUAAUGCCAUUUUACAAGGUGAAAAUUCUGACGAAAUUUUGGCAAGAUUGAAGCGAGAUCUUCUGCCAACAUUGAGAAAUGGACUUAUUUAUUGGCCGGCCUGUGAUUUUGUUACAUUCAAGUAUGUGCCAGUUCAUCUACAGCCACUGAUGAAUAGCUCGUGCGCUUAUAUAUGGACGAUUUAUUUGACAUAUAUGGCAAACCAGACGAAAGCUGACAGCUGAAUAAUGGACACUGUUAUUGGUCACACGCAAUUCGCAAUCUCUUUUUUCCAUUGAACCGUCAAGUAAACAUCAGAUAUUAGUACUAGUAGGUUUGUUUUUUGUGUUUACAUUUCAGCAACAGUAUCUCAUAGAUAUGGACCUAAAAAUGUAUUGAUUUUGAAUUUUUUUAUCCAAGCAUAUAUUUUUAAGGAAGUCCCAAAGUUC